AUGGAAUCCCGCGCAUCUCCGACGGAGAAGAGAGGCUUCGACCGCCCUGCGAUCAACCGCCGCUCGAUCGGAUGUGAUAGAGCAACGCCUUGUUCUAACUGCGUAUCAGCCCGCGUCGACUGCACUCACAGCAGGAUCGCGCCUAAGACAAGCACUGCCAGGCAGAGAGUCUUGGUCUCUGAACAAUAUGAGCGAAAGAUUGAUGACAUUUCUCGUGAUGUCAGUAGCAUCAAGUCUCUGCUGGCAGGACUCGACCUGAACAGAAUCGCAUCAGCUCAAACAUCACACGAGCAACAUCAUUCGGCUUCUAUAUCUUCAAGUCCAGCUGAAGCUAACAAUUCGGAGAAGCUCCGACCCCCUGCUACAACUGCUCCGCUUCCUCGCUGGGAUUACUCCGCCCAUAUCAUAGACUUUGUUCAAUCCAUUAUCCAGGACAAUGGCUCAGUUCAAGAAGACACCGAAUGGAGCAGCACCAUUUCUUCGUUGAAGAGUCUUGCCAAUGCUUUGGAGAGCACUCGGAUGACGCGAAGCCAACAGAAAAAGCCUCAUGAGCCACCGGAAAGUAUCCCGAAGCCCCCAUUGGAAGCCAUCGUGGAAAUUCUGCGAUGGGUCAAAAAUCACUCAAGAGAUUAUAGAGUAGUCUGGAUAUGCCGCUUCCUUCCGCUCGAUGUCUUUCUAGACAUAUGCAACAAGGUCUAUUUCCGCGUCGAAGAUCAUACCGAGGCUGAGUUUAUUAUCGCGAAUAGUUUCUUAUCCUACGUUUUUGCUGAAUAUGCAGUCAUUCACGGAGAUGCGAAGACACAAGAAUAUUGUCGCUUUUACCGAUCCAAAGUUGGCAACGGCCUUACGAAACUGACUCUGUUGGCGACACCAUGCAUGGAGCUAAUCGCCGCGCUUGCUCUUGGGGCAAUUUACUUAGUCGAGGAAAGUCGAGCAUCACAGUCGUGGACCCUGAUCUCAACUGCAAUGACACUAUGCCAGACGCUGGGCUACCAUCGGCUUGACUCGCCUAAAGAUGGCCAUCAACAUAUUCAGUCUGACCUGUUCUGGGUCGUUUACGCAUAUGAAAAAGGUCUUUCAUUGAGACUGGGACGAUGCUCUGGUGUUCGCGACUCUGAAGUAUCGUUGACCCGCCAGGAAAAUCAGCAUCGAUCCAUUCGUCUCGGGCGGAUACAGGGAAAGGCAUAUGACCAGCUAUAUAGCCCUGAGAGCUUGACCACAUCGAACGCUACCCGUUGCGAGGUAGCUGAUAGUCUUUCACAGGAGCUACAGUCGAUUAUAGAUGAGACCCAUCACGAAAUCGCACAAGCUUUGACGGAGAGAAGAGAUAUGAACGAUGACCCUAUGAAAGUAAUAUACCUCCAUUGCGAUCUUGUUUGCCAGUCAGCUUUGACGGCCAUGGUCCUCAGGGUGCUGCCUGGCUCUCAAGGUAUGGAGGUCCAUGAAAGCUGUCUCACUGUUGCUCGCAACACUUUAGACUUGCAUGAUCAGUGCAUGAAACUUGUCAACGGCUGCAAAGAUCCUCUGUUGAUCCGGAGAUAUAUAAAUUGGGCUAUCUUGCAUACACCGUUCUUUCCAUUCAGCAUCGUCUUCACCCAUGCAGUGCGAUACUCAAUUGUGGAGGACUUUGACCGCCUAGACAGAUUCGCAUCAUCGUUUAAGCCAGAGUCUAGCCAGUCAGAGCCAGCGACGCAUCCCCAUCGACUGUAUGAACUUCUCAGCAAAGCCGCCCGACUCAGCGCCAAAGCAUGCCCCGAGCUGUCACACACGAGCGAAUCUCUAUCAAGCUCAACCGACUUUACGAUGAUUGAUCCCGAGGCAGUAAAUACUGUGGAUGAAAUUGCUGCGACUGAUGCAAUCGGUACCGAAUACGAUGCGUCGUUCCAGAUCGGGGAUUGGUUUCACAGUAACCAGCAAUUUAUGAGGCUCCUGCACGAAGACGUACCAUAUUGAAUCAGCUCUAUUACACUUUCUUGUGGAUGACGUUAUACAUGAUAAGACAAGAUGCAACACAGUAAGCUUAUGCGUUAGUGAGUGACGUGU